AGGCCUUCAGCCUGUACGCGGACGGAAUGGAGUCCCGCACAGGGUACGAGGAGGCCAUGCUCCACUUCGUGUUUUCCCACAACUGGUUCGCCCAGUGGAACGACCACCUCUACUGCAACGUGCCGAACGACGAGGAUGUCGGCGACUGUGCCAACAAGUUCUACGGCCAGAUGUUCUGGGUCGGCCUCGCUGGCAGAGAGUCCAGCAACGGCACUGCUUGGCUGGAGGACGCGCGGUUGCGCGAGUCCACUGUCACCAAUUGGAUGGACAGCAACAUUCACGUUACGCAGAACUGGCUCUACAACUACGGCACGAUGCCAGCAGCGACACAGGAGUUGCUACACUCUUCGUGGGACGAGGUCUGCCAAAGCAGUGCCUCUGGCUACUUCGAGAGCGGCAUCUCGCUGCUCGAGGAAGAGAUCGACGGGGCGGUUAGUCACGCCGUGAGGUGUCCCGGGGACCUGCGGUUCAACGAGGUGUACCUGCGCUCGGCGCAGGUGUCGGCGGCUAGCACCCUCGCGCUGGACCUCAAGCUGCAGUUCUGGUUCGACCUGCGGCCCUUCCUGAGAGAGGA